CCAUCCGUCAGCCAGUCAGUCGUUUAGGAUCAUUCGACGAGUUACGACGCGUGUACGGGAUUAGUAACGAGCGUGAGUCUGGAUGUACUUCAAAACUUUGCUGGACCCUCAAAGUUUCGAACGUGCCAGUAUAGCAAGGAGACGACAAAGUAAUCACAACAAUCCACAAUGAGUGAUAUAAACUAGUGAUACCAAAGUCGAAAGCAGAACUGAAGAAAAAGAGCGCCAAAACCAGUGAACCAAAAUACAACACGCACCCAACAACGCCAUGGAGUCGGAGUUGAAAAUAACGAUGGCAGCGUUGAAACAGACCCUGCUGUCGGUGUCCAUAUCGUUGUCGUACUUCUGCAUCGGGCUGGUUCGUGGCUAUUCCGCUCCGGCUGUUCCCUCGAUUCAUGAGGUCAAUCCGGGACUGCUGCCAGAUAAAAAUAUUGCCUCAUGGGUCAGUUCAGUGCCCCCCUUUGGGGCCUUUUUCGGCAGCCUGGUGGCCUUCCCGUUGAUGCACAAAAUUGGCCGGAAAUAUACAGUGUUGCUGACUUCACCGGUUUGGGCGACGGCCUGGGUCCUGAUAGCGACGGCUGAAACUUGGCAGGUGAUGCUGGUGGCCCGGAUGUUGUCCGGAUUUGGAGCCGGGCUGACUUUGCCCUCGGCCCAGAUUUACGUCAGCGAGUGUAGCGAUCCGAAGAUCCGCGGCGUCAUCGGAUCCCUGCCAUCGUUGUCGAUGUCCGCCGGAAUUCUAGUUACCUACGUGCUAGGGAAAUACAUCGAAUGGCGACCGCUGGCUUGGGUCUGUUGCGGAAUCUCCUGUUUUCUCUUUUUCGCGGUUAUAUCAUUCCCGCAAUCGCCGGUUUGGCUGAAAACGAAAAAACGCUACGAGAAAGCGCACAACUCGGCCAAGUGGCUUCACCUGCAGGGUUUCACAUUCGAUCCCAAAGCUCAGCAGGUUCAAAAGGUCGUCGGGAAUGGGGCCGCCGUUGAAAAGAAAGAGAAACCAUUCUCCAAAGAGGCCCUGUGCCGACGAGUAGUCCUACUACCUUUAGGUAUCGGCCUAGCUUUACUGUCGAUCCAGCAGCUGAGUGGCAUCGACGCGGUAAUCUUUUUCACGGUGGAGAUAUUCCGAUCCGCUGGAAGUUCCCUGGAUGGGCACAUCGCCACCAUCAUCGUUGGAGCGGUUCAGGUGCUGAGUAACUUUUCCGCCCUAUUCGUGGUAGAUCGAGCCGGUCGAAAACCGUUACUGAUCAGUUCCGGUGUGAUAAUGUGCGCCUCGAUGGCUUCCAUGGGAGCUGCGUUUCAUCUCAACUCGAUCGGAAACACUUCCUUUGGAUACCUCCCGGUGGUAAGCUUGAUAGUAUUCAUGAUCGGCUUUUCCGUAGGCUUCGGAUGCAUUCCCUUCCUACUUAUGGGAGAACUCUUCCCAACGGCUCAAAGGAGUCUCCUCAGUUCCUUGGCUGGAUCUUUUAACCUAGCUGUGAUGUUCAUUGUUAUAAAAACCUAUCAUCCUCUUGAAGAUGCCAUCACGACAUCCGGAACCUUCUGGAUGUACAGCGUCCUGUGUGCCUUGGGUGUCCUGUUUGUGAUAACAUGUGUGCCGGAAACGAAGGGCCGGGAUCUGGAAAGCAUACACAAGUUGUUCGAGAAACAGCAGGAGCCUGGGGCUAGUGUUGAAACGCCUUCUCCUCAGACGGCAACCGAGAAAGAAAAACGAGGCCACGAAAAUCCAGUCAUGAGUACGGCCGAUGAAAUCACCAGUUGCAACAGUGAUACCAAGCUUUAAAGCAAUUCCAUUGACAAAGCCUCCUUACAUACCACAAGUUGUUAGGUUAUCUAAAUUGGUAUUCAUUCAAAACCAGCAAAUUUGAAGCGGUGAUUUUUUGCUUUAAUUUAUCGGUAGUUAGACGACCGGUAGAAAUUAUUUAUAGAAAUU